CUCACAGCCAGCUUUCCCGGCGAGUGUCGAAAUCUUGGGUCAGGUUUGUCAAGGGUCUGCGGUUAUACUUCCGUUGAGGUGUCACAAUGGCAGCUAUGAUGUACUGGAUUGCGCUGCUGGCGGCGGCUUCGACAGCCCUAGCUAAAGCCACCACUACAACCUCGUUCGAGCUCUGCAAUACCGAAUACGCGUCCACGUCUUGCAGCACGGUCAGGACAGUCAACAGUCUUUCUACUGCCACGAGUGUUGCCGUCCUCACGACCACCUCAACUCCCACGGUUACUUCAACCGCCGCCGCGAAGACCAUCACCUCGGUGGUGACCGAUACUGUCUCCGCAACCACAAUCCUUGAUCAGAGCACAAGCACAUUCUCCACCACCAUCACGUCCACUAUAACCUUGACGGUCCAGGGCAUCGUCACGGACACUGAGGCAGUCACCAGUGAUACUACAAUUACCUCAACACCCACAAGCACCGUGCCCGCCCCGGCCGGAUUCACCCCUGCCUCUGCCCUAAGCCAAUCCUCCGCCACCAUCCAAGGCGUCAAACAAACCGCCCUCGUCAAAGCCAACGACGCAUCCACCCCCCAGGCGAUCACCAUCCACGCCGCCCAAUCCACUGCGAUCGUAGAGGCAGAACCCAGCUACGCCAGCGUCGUGACCUGCGUCGGCCUGGUUGAGAUCCUCUCCACCAGCACAGUAAACAAACCCGCCACCCAGACACACACUGUAGUCGUCACCCCGUCUGCUAAAACAACUACAUCAACCGCCCACAUCACCACAACAAUAACCCUCGUCCCCAUCCCCGCCUCCACAACCCUAACCUUCACCACCAACUUCCUCAAAUCCACCGCCGUCGUAACCACCACCACCUCCACAGAGACAACAACAAACACCGCAACAGUCCAAGCCCCCGCCCAAACCCAAUACGCCGCCUGCGGCCCCGACAACCAGAUCAGCACCGUCAACGGACGCAGCAUCACCGAGGUGGUGGUCACGGGGAACUACGAGACUAAUUCAGCGUCGACGCCGUAUGACUGCUGCGUCGCGUGCAUCGACCACUCCACCCCGUGUGCCGGGUAUCUGUCGGCGGAGGGGGCGGGGUGCUACCUUCUGCUGCCGGGGGGUACGAACAAUGCCACGUGUAGUCCCUCGAAUCGGGAUACCGCGUCGGUGGAUUUGGGGAACGGGGUUGGGGGGUUCACGGUGGGGAAUUCGGGGUGUGGGUCGUUUGGGGUGCGGGAGAUUUCUUAGUAUCGCUGGAUAGUGAUGAUAGGGGGUUGGGUGCGUUUAUUGAUGCGGAUGACUGAAAAUGCUAGCCAUGUAGAG